AUGGGGUCCGCCGUAGCACCCGAGCUUCCACACCCCUUCGACCCGCUCACGCCUGACGAGAUCGCAACCGCAAUUGCGACCGUCAAGAAGGCGCACGGCGGCAAUGUCUUCUUCAACGUGGUCGCGCUUCAGGAACCGCGCAAGGCCGACAUGACGGCAUGGCUCGCCGCCCCUGAGACGGCGGCGCGGCCCAAGCGCGUGGCCGAUGUCGUCGUGAUUGCGCCCGGUAACAAGGUGUACGAUGCCCUGGUGACCCUCGACGAGCCCAAGAUCACCAAGUGGGAAUUGCUAGAAGGGCAGCAGCCAAUUAUCACCAUGGAAGAGCUCCAGCUGGUCGAGCACAUCUGCCGCAAGGACCCGCGCGUCAUCGAACAGUGCGUCCUCAGUGGGAUCGCCGCCGAAGACAUGGACAAGGUGUUCUGCGAUCCGUGGACGAUAGGAUACGACGAGCGGUUUGGCAGCUCGGUGCGGCUGCAGCAGGCCUUUAUAUACUACCGCCCCCAUAUCGACAACUGUCAGUACCAAUAUCCCUUCGACUUCUGCCCUAUCUACGACGCAGACAAGAAGGAGAUCAUCGCCAUCGACAUUCCUAAAGUGCGGCGGAAGCUCAGCACGGCGCCGUCUAUCGACUACCACCCGGCGGCGGUUGAAGCGAGGGGUGGAUACCGCGACAACCUGAAGCCUAUCAAUAUUAGCCAGCCCGAGGGCGUGUCGUUCCAGGUGAAGGGGCGGGAGAUUGAGUGGCAGAACUGGAAGUUGCACAUUGGCUUCAACUACCGGGAGGGUAUCGUGCUGAACAACAUCACCUUCAACGACAAGGGCAAUGUUCGGCCACUCUUCUAUCGGCUCUCGCUAGCAGAGAUGGUGGUGCCGUACGGAAACCCGGAGCACCCGCAUCAGCGGAAGCACGCCCUCGACCAAGGCGAAUACGGUGCCGGGUACAUGACCAACAGUCUGUCGCUCGGGUGUGACUGCAAGGGUUCGAUCCACUACAUCGAUGCGAACUUCCCCACUCGGGCUGGCGGCUUGCGCACCAUCAAGAACGCCAUCUGCAUCCACGAGGAAGACUCGGGCAUUCUCUUCAAGCACACCGACUUCAGGGACGAGUCUGUGAUCGUGACGCGGGGUAGAAGGCUCAUCAUCCAGCAAAUCUUCACAGCAGCCAACUAUGAGUACGUCGUUGCCUGGAUCUUCCACCAGGACGGCACGAUCCAGCCCGAGAUCAAGCUCACCGGCAUCUUGAACACGUAUGCCAUGGAUCCCGACGAGGACACGCAUGGCUGGGGAACCCAGGUGUAUACAGGGGUCAACGCCCACAACCACCAACAUUUGUUCUCGCUCCGCAUCAAUCCCAACAUUGACGGCCCGAACAACACCGUGUUCAUGGCGGACGCGGUUCCCAGCGAAGCGCCUGUCGGUAGUCCCGAGAACUUCUACGGGAACGGCUUCUACGCAAAGCGCACAAAACUGGCAACCACCGGGGAGGCCAUGACUGAGUAUAACGGCGCGACUUCGCGGUCGUGGGACAUGUGUAACACCAGCAAGCUUAAUCCGUUCAGUAGAAAGCCCGUUAGCUACAAGCUUGUGAGCCGCGAGGUGCCAGGUCUGCUGCCCAAGGAGGGCUCACUGGUGUGGAAGAGGGCUGCGUUUGCAAGACACGCCGUCCACGUUACCAAAUAUCGCGAUGAUCAGCUCUGGCCGGCAGGCCGGCACGUGCCACAGACGAGCGGCGAGCCAUCUCGGGGCCUGCCCGAGUGGAUCGGCGACGGCAGCGAGUCAGUCGAGGACACGGACAUUGUCCUGUGGCACACGUUCGGGCUCACACACUUCCCUGCGCCCGAGGACUUCCCCGUAAUGCCGGCUGAGCCUAUGUCGUUGCUUUUGCGGCCGCGAAACUUCUUCUCCUCCAACCCCGUGCUCGACGUGCCGCCGUCCUACUCCAGCACGCCCAGCCAGCUCCUCGCCAACGGGAGCGGCGUGCUCGACGCGACCGACAAGAUCAGCAAGCUCGCCUUCCCUGGUGGCAGCGAGGACAGCGUCUCCAACGGAACUAGCUGCUGUGCGACCAAUGGCAAUGUCAAUGGCACCGCCAACGGGCACUGA